ACGUUUGUGUCGAGAGCAGCAGAAGCACCAGCAGCCCUCAAAAUGCCGAAGCCGAUCAACGUUCGAGUUGUUACUAUGGAUGCAGAGCUGGAGUUUGCCAUCCAGCCAAACACUACAGGCAAACAGCUGUUUGACCAGGUGGUUAAAACCAUAGGUUUGCGAGAAGUGUGGUACUUUGGUCUUCAGUAUGUGGACAACAAAGGAUUCCAGACGUGGCUGAAGCUUGAUAAAAAGGUUUCUGCUCAAGAAAUCAGAAAGGAGAAUCCCCUCCAGUUCAGAUUCCGUGCCAAAUUCUUCCCAGAGGAUGUGUCUGAAGAGCUGAUUCAGGACAUCACGCAGAAGCUGUUCUUCCUCCAGGUGAAGGAAGGGAUCCUCAGUGAUGAGAUCUACUGUCCUCCUGAAACAGCAGUACUUCUUGGCUCCUAUGCUGUGCAGGCCAAAUUUGGAGAUUAUAACAAAGAGGUGCACAAGCCUGGAUACCUCAAUUCAGAGCGUCUGAUCCCCCAAAGAGUGAUGGACCAGCAUAAACUCUCCAGAGAGCAAUGGGAAGAACGGAUCCAGGUGUGGCACGCUGAGCACAGUGGCAUGCUCAAAGAGAAUGCCAUGCUGGAAUAUCUGAAGAUUGCCCAAGACCUGGAGAUGUAUGGAAUCAACUACUUUGAAAUCAAGAAUAAGAAAGGAACUGACCUUUGGUUGGGGGUUGAUGCUUUGGGGCUCAACAUCUAUGAAAAGGACGAUAAACUAACCCCGAAGAUUGGGUUCCCCUGGAGUGAAAUCAGAAACAUCUCUUUCAAUGACAAGAAGUUUGUUAUAAAGCCUAUUGACAAGAAGGCACCAGACUUUGUGUUUUAUGCCCCUCGUCUGAGAAUUAACAAGAGGAUCCUGCAGCUCUGCAUGGGCAACCAUGAGCUGUACAUGCGGCGCAGGAAGCCCGACACCAUUGAGGUGCAGCAGAUGAAAGCCCAGGCCCGGGAGGAGAAGCACCAGAAACAACUGGAAAGGAAACAACUAGAAGAUGAAAAAAGGAGAAGAGAGACAAUUGAGAGGGAGAAAGAACAAAUGCUGAGGGAGAAGGAAGAGUUGCUGGUGAGGCUACAAGAGUAUGAAGUGAAGACUCAGAAAGCAGAGAAAGAGCUGUCAGAUCAGAUCCAAAGAGCCAUUCAGCUGGAGGAGGAAAGGAAACGGGCCCAGGAGGAGGCAGAACGCCUGGAAGCUGACCGUUUGGCAGCUCUGCAGGCCAAGGAAGAGCUGGAGAGACAAACUAUGGACCAGAUAAAAAGCCAAGAACAGCUGGCUACAGAGCUUGCAGAGUAUACAGCCAAGAUAGCACUUCUUGAAGAGGCAAGGAAGCGUAAAGAGACUGAGGUUGAAGAGUGGCAAAUCAGAGCCAGGGAAGCACAGGAGGAUCUGGUAAAGACCAAGGAGGAGUUACACCUGGUAAUGACUGCUCCACCUCCACCCCCACCCCCUGUCUAUGAGCCAGUGAAUUACCACGUCCAUGACAACUUGCAAGAUGAGGGCUCUGAGUACUCAGCCUACAGCGCCGAGUUCUCCAGCGAGGGCAUCAGGAACGACCGCAAUGAGGAGUCGCGCAUUACUGAGGCAGAGAAGAACGCACGAGUGCAGAGCCAGCUGAGGGCACUGACAGAUGAGCUGGCCCAGGCUCGACAUAACAACAAGAUGACCCAAAAUGAUAUCAUCCACUCGGAGAACAUGCGCCAGGGACGGGACAAGUACAAGACGCUGCGGCAGAUCCGGCAAGGCAACACUAAGCAGAGAAUCGAUGAGUUUGAGGCAAUGUAA